CAUAUCGCAUCAACUUGAACACUCAUACGUGAGUUUCUAUUAUCAGUUGCUUUGCGCCCUCUGCGUUUAGUUUCUUGCAAGAUCGGGACAUGAAAAGCCGUCAUCUGUGUAGAUCACAGAAAUCAGUUAUGUGAUGUCGAUAUACGAAUGUUGUACACCAUGUAUAAUAAGCGAUCGAAUGCGCAUGCAUGUUGCCCUCUCUGGCGGUGUUGAUAGGCCCUGUUUUGCGCCGACUCGUUUCACUCUCGAAUUCAACGUUCCAAAAAUUGCUACAAGGAGAACAGACGACAAGAAACAUCCAAACAAUUCCCUUUCGUCUCGUGGGCCAUUUCACCCGAAAUUUGCCAUCUUUUGAUAAACAACAACGAACGAGCAGUAACAGGAGCACACAAUGUGGAAUUUUACAAAGGAUUAUCAUCUUACUUUUGUCAUAUUGGCUUUAAUUGCAAGUGGAGUCAUUAAUGUUCACUGCGCUACUAAGAAUGAAAGUGCACCCAAGAUGCUGGCUGAAACACUUGCUAAGAAUUACGGAUCGCCCUCCAUUAGGCCGGUCAACAAUGCAUCAAAAACAGUGGUUGUCUCAUUUCGAGUUCUGAUCUCACAAGUCAUCUUAUUCGAUGAACGGAAACAGCAUGUCCAGCUAAGCGGAUGGAGAAGGCAGGACUGGCGAGAUGAGUUUCUACAAUGGGACCCCGAUGAUUACGGCGGAUUGAAGACGAUAACAUACAGUAAGGAUGGCAUCUGGAAACCAGAUAUCACCCUCAUAGAAAAUGUCAACCAGGACUUCAUCAAUGAAUUCAGCGCCGAUGUCAUCGUCACGUACGACGGCAGCGUUACGUGGUUCACCCCCAUCAUCCUCACGAGUGCCUGCAUGGUCGGGGUUCGAUACUUCCCUUUCGACUUCCAGACGUGUCAGAUGACCUACAUGUCGUGGGCUUACGAUUCCAACGGCAUUUACCUACAGUUACCGACCAACGAAGAUCCUAAUCAGAACAUAUUUCUCCAAAAUGGAGUCUGGUCGCUACAAAAGGCGGUUGCUCAACAAAAAAACGAAACUUACGCCUGCUGCGAGACUCCAUACUCCCAAAUCGUCUACGAGCUAAUUCUCGAAAGAUCUUACGGGUUCUAUGUGCUCAACAUCGUUCUUCCCAGUGGCCUCCUCGCCUUCGUCAACUGCCUCGUCUUCCUCCUCCCGCCGGAGUCGGGGGAGCGACUCCAGUUUGCCGUGUCCAACCUCCUGGCCGCCAUCUUGUUUCAGCAGCUCAUCGGCGGUAUCAUGCCGCCUCUUGGCGAUGAAUUACCUCUUCUAGGUAUGUUCUUCGUCUACAUGAUCCUAACAAACUGUUUCGUUCUUGGUCUGAGUAUCUGCAUCCUACGGUUCUACCAUCAGCGAGGGGACAAGGCAGUGCCCAUGUUUCUCCGUCGGAUAUGCUUCUUAAAGAGGGGCAAGGAGAAAUCGACGUUGAAACGCCAUGCUAAUCUCAAGAAUAGUGUCUUCUCCGUGGAGGAGCCUCACGCCGACUUCCUGGGCGAGACGAAGAUGGAUUCUCUACCACCAUCGCCAUCGCAAAACGCCGAGUCGCUCCGGUUAAGACCCAACCCCCACACUGCCGACGUCAACGACGUCCACUGCGAGUCGGCGACCCGGACAUCGCCAUGGGAGAGGAGAACUUCGAUCAGUACCCGAUUGCUGUUGGAGCGGAACAGAAACGAAUGGCAACAGGCCUCACGUGUCUUAGACAAUUAUCUUUUUCUGUUCAUCGUUUUUCUGACGGUCGCCGUCGUCGUUGUCAUAGUGAUAUUAUUUUUUACCCGGUGACGAAACGCAGGUUGAAUAGUGACUUUAAUGCCCACCUUGCUUGCGAUGAGUUCAACUAUUGUUGUAGUGAUUACAAAUACAGUCAAACCUGCCUGCUAAGGCCUCCAAAGGGAAACACAAAAAUGGCCACUGUAGACGGGUGGCUUUUGGGGACGGGUUCUUCAGCGCACAUUUACUUCAAGAGAGAGGCAAUAUCGGUGGCCAAAAAACAGAUUUCUGUAACUAAAUUUCAUUUUGAAUAUAUGAUUUUUUUAUAAAUUACUCUGAAAUUAUAAACGUCUACUUUGACGAAAUGUUACUAUACACUUGUUAAAGCUUCAUCUAAAAUGUUGGUACGAUAUAGUGAUAGAAGUUGACUUAAAUAAAAUUUAGGUAAUUUAUUAUGCAUAGAUGGUCCGUUAGGACCUGUAAAAUAUAUAUUUUUUUAAACUAACGAAAACUCGCUGGAAAUCUAGUUUAUUGAAAAGAGCAACUAGUGAGACCGCGUGUUACGUAACUAUAAAGAGGGGCUAUAAAGUACAAGCUCGAUUUCCUUUGCUUUCUAUGUACACUACCAGUCCACCCAGCUACUAUACUGUUCUUUAAAAAUGGCAGAAAUUAAUACAUUAAUUUGUAACAUUUGUAAGGUAUGUUUAUUUUAAUUCUUUGAGAAAUUAUUGCCCAUCUCUAAGGGACUCCAUUAUUUCAAUGAUUUAUUAAAUGAGGUGCAUGUCAAUUAAAAGUUUUUCUAUCUCUAUAUUUGAAAAUAAUUUAUUAUUCGUUUUGAAAUGAAGAUCUCCACAUUUUAAUCAGACGGAUUAUAGUUUUCUCCAACAAUAAGGAAAAAGAAGGAUAAAAACAAAAAUAUUUAGAUUGAAUCGUAAUUCUUUCGUGUACGGGUGACCAGUGAAGACGUGACAAAAUAGGUGUAAUGGGAUCUCUCUCUCUCUCUCUCUCUCUCUCUCUCUCUCUCUCUAUCUUGCAUGUUCUACAAGUUUUGCAGCGAUUUAUUUUCUUUAAAAAAUAUCUUUUUCAGGUAAGCGAAUUAAUCCUUGAAAACGCAGACACUGUGUAGUAAAGUGACCUUCACCGAAAUGUGUGUACAUGAUAAAAUUCACAAGAAGAAUAUAAUAUAUGCGUACAUUAUUUUAUUUCAAAAGAUUGCAAUAUAGUCAAACCUGUCUAUAGCGACCGCCCAAGGGAAACACAAAAAGUGGUCUUUGUAGACAGGUCCCUUCAAUGAUAAACUAUUUUCAAGGGAAACAAAAAAUGUGGCCUUUGUAGACAGGUGGUCAGGUUUGACUGUAGUAACUUGUGUUUAAUGGCCUACUUUAUGGCUGCUACAUUACUUUUUACUGCAAGGCUGACACUAAGUCAUAUUUUAAGAUAUCAUAUACAAUUGAAUGAUAAGAUUUAUAGGUUGAGAAUGAUAUUUGAAUGGAUUCUUUAUAGCCGUGCAUAUGUGUAUAUAAAAUGAUAAUAUUGUCAUGAGAGAAUUAUUAUAGUGUUGUGAUAUAUACUGAUACGGGUUGUCGGCGCCGUUAUCUUGUUAAAGUAAAGUAUUUUCUUUAAUUUCUCAAUUUUUGUAUCAUUUACUCUCGAUUUUAACUCAUGAUAUUUGGUGCAAAUAUGUUCGAGUGUUAAAAUACUAACACACUAGGUUGGCAGGAAUGCGAAUUGGUACAAAUUUAUCAGAUUUACUUGUAUUCCCAUUCAAAUAACACAACAAUUCUAAGUAUUCGUCAAGAUUGAUAAUACUCGUUAUAUCAAUGAGAAAUUAUCAAUAUUAUUACGAUUGAAAAUAAGUUGUGUCAUUGUAUCAAACUCAACCACCAUGGUGUCUCAUACAAUAUGUGUAAGACCAUUACUAACUAUUCAACGUUUAAAAAAAUAAAAAAGAGAAUUAUUGAUAAGUGGCAUAUCCAUCCAGAAAUUGACAAACUGGGAAGGGGGUGAAAAGAUUUUUUAUCCAGUUGGGGAGGCGGAAUAUGCGGGGGCAGCCCCGUUGAAUCACUGUAAAGGGCACUGGCUUUGUUCGGGGCCUUUAAAAAAAGAAGGGGGGGGGUACGACACUCUUGUCGAACUUCUUUCAAAUCUAUAAUCCAUACUGUUAAAAAAAAUCAAGCUGUUAAAAAAAAAAAUUAAGUUACGGGCAAAAAAGAUUAUCGUUCUACAUGAUAAAAAGAUGAAUUCUCCUUUCUAUUGUAGCUUAACUUUCAAAAUCGUGUUUAAAAAUUGUGAUGAAUUUUUUGCAUAAGUUAUUACUAAUCUUUGAUCUCAUUAAGUUUUCAUUUGACCGGUUCUGUUUGGAUUGUAUCGACGGCCUAUAUAAACAUACGCGUUGACUGUUUCGUCACAUGCCCCAAAAUAUCAAAUAAAAUGUUUUGUAAAGUAUUAUGUUAAAUCCAUUUAAAUUGAUUAUCUCUUGUCUUCCAGGGGCUUAGAAAUAUAUUCAUACUUGCUAUUUUGCGUUUGCUGAUGACUGUUAAACAUUUCGAUAUUUAUGAUUUAUUUAUGAAUCUAUGCACUAUAGUCAUUAAUCAUAAUGAAGAGAAGAAAACAAACUAAUUACAAGAAAACUACGAAAUGCAAAUUGCAAAUUGAUGUUCAAAAAUAUAAUAUUGUCUCUAUACAAUAGGAUUUACUUCUCGUGUUGAAUAAAAGUAAAAGUAGCAGUGUUUUUUAUGAAGUUACAUGUUGUUAAAGAAAUUGUCCGUUAUAAUCUAUUUGAAUAUAAUAACGAAUGGAAAAGAUUUUAGAAUGAAGGUACUUAUGAUACACGCACUGAAUCCAAUGACCGGGGUAAUAGUAUAUUUGUAAAGCCCUUAGAGACACUUGUAUUAAGCGCUAUAUAAAAAUUAAAUAUUAUUAUUAUUAUUACAAAUCAUUUUGGGGGAAUUUCAGGUAAAAGAUGUUAAUUAUAUUUCACUCUAUAGAGAUUCUACUACUCAUUUUGUAUUAUAAUUAGUAAGUUCCCGAUGCUGGUGUCAUGCAAUGUUUAUCUUGGAUAUGUAUAUACAAUUGUAAUCAUUUUAUUAUUAUCUGUAAUGUUCGUUUACCAGCUGAGCACCCAUUGUACAAUAAUUUAAGUACGUGUACUUUUGUCUAGAUUGUAAGAAAGGGAGGGACAAUAUAAACAGCACCACCGCAUGUUUCUUUUUUCUUUCCCUUUU